AUGCAGACCUUUGUAGCCAAUGGGGUUGUGUUGAUAAACCUUCAUGAGGUGAUUGGUGACUCGAAGGCCAACAGGACAUCACCUGGUGGAGGACUUUCUGUUUCAGGUGUCACAGCGAGCACAGCGGUGGAUCUGCAGAAGAGAGUCAUCGGAGGUCGGAAUUGUGGACCAACUGAGCGUCUGUACCAUGUUGAAGUGAGAGACUAUGCAGUUGAUAUCGGUUUCGGUCUCUGUGGUGGCUCUCUGAUCGGUGACCGGUGGAUUCUGACUGCAGCACACUGCUGGGAUCAAACAAGGAUUAUGAGAGCAGUUUUAGGUAUCCAUCCAGGAGAUAAAGCGACACUGGAGGAAAUCACACCUCAUUUCUUCUUCGACGACCAGGGCAGGCUCCAUGACAUCAUGCUGCUGAAGCUAACUAACCCUACUAAGAUUAAACCUGUUCCACUUCCUGACUGUGACCGUAAUCCUCUCAAUAUAGAUGAUAGAGUUGAGAUGGCAGGUUAUGCAUCCACAACUAUGGGCCCCAAUAAUAUAAGACAACCUGGUAGAGCAGCUGUUCUCCAAUGUGCAAACAUCACGGUUGUCAACUGUUCUCGGCUCAGAGAGUGUUUGCAGACGAACUACCCAGGGUCCUACGCGUAUAGACAGUAUCAAGACUGGCACUGUUACCAAAGUCCUGGAGUGGAUACAAGUCCAGGUGACUCUGGUGGAGGAGUGAUGUUCAAUGACAUGAUUUACGGUGUCCAUGUAAACACCGGUAAUCAUACCCAUGCCUGUGUUGAAGCAGCCGGAUUCAUGGACGUCUGUAGUUACAUGGGUUGGAUCGAAAAAACUACCGGUAUAGCCAGACCCGAACCCGAACGUAAAUCCAGAUUUUGGGAUUGUCUAAAUUGUUUCAAAGGGUGACUCUGGUGGAGGAGUGCUGUACAAUGACAUGAUUUACGGUGUCAUGACUCUUUUACAAGCUUGUGUCACUUAAAAUAAAAUGAAGAUGACUCACAA